GUUGUGAUGGAGAAUACCAAUGGGAGCCGGAAUUACUCCCACCCUGUCGUUCUCCCCGCCUCUACAAAGCAUGUCUGCCGUCUGUGGGGUUGCUUCGGCAGUGCAGUUGCAGAUACGGGCGGGUCGCCUCGACCCGAAGUUAUAUGGUCGACUGUGUCUUCUCUUUCCCAGACGUCUAGGUGAUAUAAAUCCGCCAUUGAGCAUCGUCGGAGGUCACGCGCCCGUAAUCAGAAGCAGCGGGAUCUCAAAGAAAGGCCACAAGGGCACGGAAGCAGCAGCAGCGCCCUCAGGUCGGCAAGAUGGCUGGCGGCGCCGUCGUCUCGGCGAAUCCUCUGCGGCUCGAUAUCCUCAGCCACAGGAAGUGCCUUGCCAUCUGCUGCAUCAUCACCGUCUCCAGCUUCCAGUACGGCCUCGACUACGCCCUCGUGGGCGGCUUCAUGGCCAUGCCUGGGUUCCUGCAGGUCUUCGGGUACUACGACGAGGCCAAUGCCAGAUGGGCCAUCAAUCCCACCGUUCAGCAGCUCAUCUCCUCUCUCAUGACCAUCGGCACGUUCAUCGGAUCGCUUCUCGUCGGGCCGUUCAGCGCGAGAUUCGGCCGCAGGCACGGCCUCUGGGCGGCCUGCGCCCUGAACUACGUGUCGACGGCGAUCAUGAUCGGAGCGACAAAUUUCGGAGCGCUGUACUUUGCGCGAUUCCUCCUCGGCAUCUCGGUCGGCUGGUUCCUCACCUUCGCGCAGGUCUACAUCAGCGAAGCCGCGCCGGCCCAUCUGCGCGGCGUCGUGUUUGCCAUCUACCAGACGCAGCUCUCGGUGGGCUCCAUCGUCGGGGCGGCCGUCGACUACGGCACCAGCGAGGUCGUGGGGAAGGAGGCGUACCGCAUCCCGCUCGCCGUAUUUUUCGCCGCGCCCACCGUCCAGUCGGUCGCGCUCUUCUUCUUCCCGGAGAGCCCGCGCUGGCUGAUGAUACACGGCGACGAGAAGCGCGCCGAGGCCUCCCUCCGCGCGCUCCGCAACAGCAGCAUCGACGAGGGCGAGUUCCAGGCCGAGUUCAACGAGAUCCGGGCGUCCACGGCAGAGCAGAUCAGCCAGCACGCCGGGAAGCAGCUGUGGAUCGAGAUGUGGAAGGGCACUGAGCGUCGCCGGACGCUGCUCUCUAUCGCCAUCAUCUGCUUCCACUGCGCUAAUGGCUCUUCCUGGCUGAACAUCUACACGACGUAUUUCCUAACUGUCGCCGGUGUCACGGAGGCGUUUGCGUACUCUGUAAUGGUGACGUGCAUGGGCCUCAUCGGGGUCCUGACCAGUCUCUUCAUCGUCCGUUUCAUCGGCCGUCGUCCCAUCGUCCUGAUCGGCGUCGCUGCUUGCGGUCUCUGCCAGCUCGCCUUCGCCGUGGCGUGGACCACGGCCGCAGGAACCACCCCGGCCGCCAAGGCCAUAGUCGCCUUCAUCUCCGUCUUCACCUUCUUCUACGUCGCCUACGCUCCCUACGCCUGGCUGAUGGGCGGCGAAUACCCCAACAACCAUCUCCGAAGCCACACCGUCGGUCUCGGCACGGCGCUGAAUUUCCUCGGAAACUGGCUGGGCGUGUUCACGGCGCCCUACUUCAUCAACCCGGCGAGCCUGGGAUGGAGCGCCAAAUACGGCUACAUCUGGUUUGGGGCCAACGCGAUCCUGUUCGUCUUCACCUGGUACUUCAUCCCGGAAACCCGCGACCGCACGCUCGAGGAGAUCCACGAGAUGUUCGAGGCCGAGGUCCCGGCGCGGAAGUUCAAGACCUACGUCUGCGUCACCACACAAGCGAUGGCGGCGGCGGCGGCGAAGAAAGAAUCGGUCGCGGCCCACGUGGAAGAAGCUUCGAGAGACGGAGAUGCGAGGGAAUGAGGAUUCUCUUACCUCCUAAUCUGCUCGAAUUGAAUAUGCUCUCGCCAUAUUGAUGGGUUUCCUUCUCCUCUCCACGCGAGACCCAUCGAAAACGGAAAAAAAGACAAGGUCACAAUUGUAGCAUCACCACCACCACCACCACCACCACCACCACCACCAUCA